GUUAUCGCUGUCACCAAUCGAUAGCCAACUAUCGCACUCAUCUGCCACCCCUAACGGCACGCACUACAAUUUUUCGUACUUGUUUGGUUAAAUUUUUUUUAAGACAAGGCAAAUUAAUAAGGAUCAAUUUAAAAUGGGCAAACGGCGGACACAAUCCCUGCUUGACUCGAACUCCAGCGACAGCGACUCGGAGUCGGAUACCAAUCUGGAAUCGGACCUGAUGUCGCUGGCGAAGAAGCGGAAGAAGCCACAGACCACGACCAAGGCGAGCUCACGCUCCGACUCUGACUCCGAUUGGGCCAACAACAAGGCUGGAGCUCCGGCCUCGAAGAAGAAGAAGCGUCAGAAGAAGGCCAGUCGGGACUCUAGCUCUUCGGAGUCCAACUGGGACGAUGACAGCCAGGAUGAGGAACAGCAGCGCCCCCAGGCGCAAAACCAGCAGCAGAAUCCACCUACUCAGGCCGAGGAGAAGCCCGAGCAGCAAACGCAGGCGGCACCACUUAGCGAACAGGAGGAGGGAGAGGUAUCCUCCAGCGAUUCCGACAAAUCCAAGUCAAAUUCCUCCUCCUCUGGCUCCGAUUCGUCCAGCUCCUCGUCCUCCAGCUCAGAUUCUGAGUUCGACGAUGGCUUCGAUGAUGACCUCAUGGGCGACGAGGAGGACCGAAGGCGCCUCAACGGUCUGUCGGAGAAGGAACGUGAAACAGAGAUCUACAAGCGCAUUGAACAACGUGAAAUCAUGCGCACUCGCUGGGAAAUCGAACGCAAGCUAAAGCUAGCCAGGCGGGGCGAGAAAAACCAAGAAAAGUCCAAGACAAAGGGCGAACGGGCCAAGAAGAAGAAGGAGAAACGCGAGAAGAAAGCAAAGAAGGCCAAGGAAGCGCAACCGCCCUCAAUGCCUCAGCCCUCCACAUCUACGCUGUCUGAGGCAGAGCCCAAGUCGAGCGUCGAGGUAAGAUCAGCAAGUCCGAUCUCCUCGCCAAUCCACAACAGAGAGAUGGCUUCCACCUCAGCGGCGGUGGCUAGCAUUCUGCCAGAGGAUCAGGCAGCUGCCGCCGGGGUGGCCGAUUACUUUGAUCACAAGGAACGGUCUAAGGAACGAAAGAAAAACGUUGAGGCCAACAAGACGGAUGAUAAGAGAAGCAAUGCCAUGGCCUUGCUGAAGGCCAAGCGCGAGGGCAAAGCCAAAAGAGAGGAAGAAGAAGCCAAGCGUAUGGCCGAACGAGAUCGGGAUGAAGAAAAGGAGGAGCUGGAAAGCGUUUCCGGUUGCAAAUCAGCCGUUAAGCUGAAAGCGUCAGAGAUUUACUCCGACGACUCGGGCAGCAGUGAUUGGGAUGAGGAAGAGAAGCCCUCGGGCAAACGGUCAAGAUCCAACAGUAGCAAAGCUUCAAGCGAAUCGGAGGAUGACGAAAAGGCCCCCAAGAGUCCCGUGUUUAUAACUACCCGCGAGGAUCUGAACAAGCUGCGUCUUUCACGCUAUAAAAUGGAGCGUUUUGUAAACUUGCCCAUCUUCGAGAGCACCGUGCUCAACUGCUUUGUGCGAAUCAGCAUUGGGAACAAUGGCCAGAAGCCUGUGUACCGCGUGGCCGAAAUUGUGGGCGUCGUGGAGACGGGUAAGAUCUACAGUCUGGGGACCACACGUACCAAUCGUGGACUGCGACUCAAGCAUGGAACACAAGAGCGUGUGUUCCGGUUGGAGUUCAUUUCGAACCAAGAGUUCACCGAGAACGAGUUUAACAAGUGGCACGAGGUGUGCCAGCAGUCGCAUGUCCAAAUGCCCACCAUCGACCUCAUCGCCAUUAAGCAGGCCGACAUCAAGAAGGCGCUGAACUAUGAGUUCAAAGACGAGGACGUUGACAAAAUCGUGGAGGAAAAGAAUCGUUUCCGCAAUCGGCCUACGAAUUACGCAAUGAAGAAAACAUGCCUGAUGAAGGAACGCGAUGCGGCCAUGUUGAGGGGUGACUACGAUAUUGCCCAAGAUCUGGGCACGCAGAUCGAUGAGCUGGAGAGCCGAGCCUCCGAGCUGGACAAGCGAAGAUCACAUACACUGAACCUUAUCUCCUACAUCAACGAUCGCAACCGAAAGAAGAAUGUGCAGGAUGCCGAGAAAGCGAUUAUGGAGGAAGCGCGUGCCAACAAGGGGCAGAAGAUUUCAGACCCCUUCACACGUCGUAUCACUCAGCCUCGAAUGGGCUUCAAGGGUACUAAAAAGGAAGACGAGGACAUGCUACAGGCGCCAUUGCCACCGCCGCCGCCGGGCAAAAAGAGGCCCAGCGAGGCAGGUACGUCGAGUGCCAGACCGACGGACUCCAAGGAUUACAGUCUCUACUCUCUGCACGACUUUGACAUCGACUUGGAUGUGCCUCUGCCGGUAAGUACGAAUUCAGUGCCAAAGCCGGCCAAUAAACCAGCCGAGACCGUUUCGAAGAGAUCCCUGAACCUAGAGGACUACAAAAAGAAACGUGGCCUCAUCUAGGAACUGAUAUCGCUGCACUGCACAUAUUGACAACGCCUCACACGUUUACGUCCGAGUUAAGUGUAGUGCCUCUAUAAUUGACCACAGCGAACAUUUGUUAAUGCUACAAACAUUAUCCCAGAACCAAGCGAUGGGCGGCAGAUCCACUUUUUGUUUUAGUUGCAGUUAAAAUUAAUGCGUAUCCCGAAAGAGGAUACUUUUCCUGUUUGUGUGUGUACGGUAAGAAUCACUUAACCUAGCGAAAAUUCACGAAGGUCAGCAGACAGAUAAAAACGAAAAGCAGUUAGAAUGCAAAUAGGGCACUCAUUAUAAAUAUAAUAAAAUUAGGUUGAUAAUGUUCUAAUGUAA